ACACGGUAUACGAUAUACGAGCUGGUAUUUGUAUAGUAUCAGAGUCGAAAGUUUAUUUGCGAAGAAAGAUGGUGGUCUCAUCAUCAACAAUAUCAUCAACAACCGAAAACGAGACUUUGGCGUCGCGCAAACCGGCACUUUCGCUCGAGGGUAGAGGAAUUUCGCCGGGAAACUACCGGCUUGUUGGAUGGGACUUGGACACGACUGGAAAAAAAUUAAUUGAUGAGAUUUGUCAGUUUGCUGGGUACACUACCAGCUCUUCAUUCACUCAGUAUGUAAUGCCUUACAAGAACAUUUCACCACCGGCACGUAAGAGACACAAUUUAAAAAUUGUUAAUGUUGGCAAAUACCGAAUUUUGAAGAAUCUUAACACACACAAGGCGCUGAAAACAAAAAGUGAAAUUUCAGCAUUGACAGAUUUUUUAGAAUGGUUAGAAAAAAUCCAAGGAGACGCUAAAGAUGGUGUUAUUCUAGUCCACCACGAGCCACGUAAAUUUAUUCCCUCACUUGUUUUGUCUUCAUUGAUAAAAUUCAAGCUGCUUGAACGAUUCAAGAAGACUGUCAAAGGAUUUCUCAACGGGUAUGACGUUGCCAGUUGUAAAUGUGCCAGUACAUUGCAGUCUUUUUCGCUGAGAACUUUGUCUCAAAAGCUGCUGGAUCAGGAAGACAACCAACUGGAUAAUGCAGCAAAUCGUGCACGACUUUCAUUACAAAUAAUUCAGCAUUUAAGUAAUGGAGAAGAAAACACACCGACUAGCGAUGGCAAAGGGGACAGUGAUGCUGCUUCAAAAGCAACCGUUGAAUUUAUACGUGAAUUCGUGACAUCAGUUGAGACUGAGGAAAACGAGUAUGAAGUACUAAAACAAGUACUGGAACGUCAAUUCACUUUGAAGCCGAUUUUCAAACCUCUAAUGACAGCAAGUCGUCGUGAACGACAACACGUGACUCCACUUCGUCGAUUACUUGCUGAAGCCGAGAUUGAUUAUGAACAAUUAAAGAAACUCGCAAAAGCAACAGACAAAGAAAAAUUGGACCUUUUGGUGAUCCUGGAGGGUCACUUUGAUCCAGAAAAAGAGCCAAAAAUCAAAGUUGAAGUACCGGAGGUUAAAAAGAAGAGAAAUUUGUCGAAAAAGCCACGUAACAAAGAUAACGAAAAUGAAAACGAAAAGGACAAGGAUAUUAAUAAGAGUGUCUCGGAGACAGAGAGUCCAGACACAACGACGAUGCUCACCCCGGAAAAAAUAAAGACUGAGUCCUCAUCCGAUGCUACCGAAAAUGAAGAAGCUACUUCUCCAAAAAAAAACUAA